GCUCCCCAGACUCUCUCCCCCCCUUUGGGCGUGGCCUAUUCUGGCGCCGAAUAUACGAAGUCUACCAUCUGUCCUCCACUUCGCUCAUCCUUCCAACAUCACUCCGUUCCCUUCGCUUCGCUUUGCCGUGCAUUCACUUUGUGCGAGGAAGAGACUGCGCUCGAGGUGACUGACAGGCGGAAUUUCCUUCUUGUUCUACGCAUCUCAUCGAUCCCGCCGGGACACUCCACCAUGGCUUUCACUCGGAAGAGCGCCUACAUCGCGGCCGUGUGCCUCUGGUUCGCCGCCGUCGCGCUCGCCCACUCGCAAGCGGCCGCCCCGCGUGACGAUGCCAAGGUGCCCUUGGACCUUGAUGGCUUGAGUCUCGGGGAGCUGGAUGAGCAGCUUCAGACGUGCCCCAUCAUCCAGCAGCUCAACGCUGCGAAGCACGCCCAUCAUGCCGCCGCGCCGUCGUCCGUCACCACCCGCAUCUUCGCAGUUCUCUUCCCCGGCUCUCCCGCCGUCAACGCCCUCCUCGCAACGCUGUACAUCUCCGGCCCUCCCAACUUCCUCCUCGCGCUGUGCCCGACCAACAUCGACCCGGCGUCACUGUCCGUCAUGGUCGCCUUUGCCGUCGGCGGCCUGCUCGGCGACACCCUCUUCCAUCUGCUCCCCGAGAUCUUCGUUGGCGAGGACCAUGACGAGUCGGUCAAGUUCGUGCUCGUCGAGCCCAACCGCAACCUUGUCUUGGGUCUUGGCAUUCUCGUGGGCUUCAUGACGUUUGUGGCCAUGGACAAGUUCCUGCGCAUUGCGACUGGCGGAGAGGGCGGCCAUGACCACUCACACGGCCACUCGCACAGCCAUGACGAGGAUAAGGCCGUGUCAACUGGUGUUGCGACUACUGAUGGGGAGGUCAAGUCGCGCAAGAAGGGCAAGAAUGGCGACAAGGAUGUGGUCGGCCCCGUUGAUACCCAUGAGAAGGAGAUUAACCCUAGUGUCAAGCUGGGCGGUUACCUGAACCUCAUCGCCGACUUCACUCACAACAUUACCGAUGGCCUAGCCAUGUCUGCCAGUUUCUACGCCUCACCCACCAUUGGCGCCACCACAACCGUCGCUGUCUUCUUCCACGAGAUCCCUCACGAGGUCGGCGACUUUGCCCUGCUCAUUCAGUCCGGUUUCUCCAAGCGCGCUGCUAUGGGCUCCCAGUUUAUCACUGCGCUCGGUGCUCUGCUCGGCACCCUGAUCGGCAUCGCCGUCCAGGAGUUUGGUGGCCCGGCAAGCGAUGUACCCAUGGGCCGUAACGAGGGCCUCUGGGGUACCAGCCUGUCGUGGGGUGACAUGCUUCUUCCAUUCACCGCAGGAACUUUUCUGUACGUUGGCACUGUCGCGGUGAUUCCCGAGCUAUUAGAGACCGGUAAGAACAAGUCUGAGGAGUUGAAGAAGACUUUCGUGCAGUUCACCGCGGUUGCAGUUGGUGCAGGCAUCAUGCUGUACAUCUCGUGGCACGAUUAAACACCCAUGUAUUUAUGGGUUGCAUGUAGGAGGGAGAUGGAUGGCAUGACAUAGACUAGGCUGCAUGCCGUAGUUCGUGUCCUGCUUUGGGGCGUCCACGGUUUCGAUUGGCUUUGAGUAUCGAUACUGGGAAUACAGGAGGAGGAUCGAAGCUCUGCCGAGCUGAUGUAUGAACAAGUCAACGGCGCAAGGACUCUGUUCUCGUGAUAUCAAGUGGCCUCUUGAUUUGCAUCUUGUUGUAAUUAAGAGAUCUUGGUCUCAAAGGAUCGCGGAAACAAGGUAUAAGGCACUGUUUGUCACUAGAUGAGAGCCAUAAACAUAUUACAGACCACGAGGAUGCAACAUGUGCAUUCUUGCCUACCAUUUGCCACCAACUUCCCUUUUCAACAUGGCAGUCAGUAUAACACAGUGAUAGUUCCCC